CAAAUUUUUGACUCCAUCACUUAUCCAGCCUGAUCAUAAUAACCCCAAUUUUGCACCGAGAUAAAAGGAUCGUCAACUCUAAUAAUGUGGUGAAGAGGAGGAGAGUCCAAAAAAGUAUUUAGUGCAGUACAUCAUCGUGAACAAGGAUGUGGUCGAGUGGAACGAAACAUUUUGUCCAUUGCUGUCUUCUCACAGGAUUAAUUGGUGGAUUUGAGAUUGCAACUGGGGGAUUAUCACUGUGGGGGAAUGAAUCAGAGUCUGCAGAACCACCAGAUCCUUGGGCGACGUAUGGAGUAUUUUGGACCAUUGUACUCUAUUCCUUACGAUUCCUUACAUUCCUAGCACUGCCACAAGUCAUAUUCAAUGCAAUGGGUCUUCUUCUCUUCAAUGCGUUUCCGGAAAAAACAUUACUCAAAGGAUCGCCACUUCUUGCGCCUUUUAUCUGCAUCCGCGUUGUCACUCGGGGGGACUAUCCGGACCUCGUAAAGAAAAAUGUAACACGGAAUCUCAAUUUAUGUUUGGAUGUGGGACUGGAGAAUUUCAUCGUGGAGGUGGUCACAGACAAAAAGAUUCCAGGGCUGAGCGAAUACAGUCGAGUGAGGGAGGUAGUGGUGCCCCCUUCGUAUGUCACAAAAUCUGGUGCUUUGUUCAAAGCAAGGGCCCUCCAAUACUGUUUGGAGCAGGAGGUUAACAUAUUGGCCGAUUCCGAUUGGAUUGUUCAUUUAGACGAGGAAACUAUCCUUACUGACAACGCCAUCAGGGGUAUCCUAAAUUUUGUUUUUGAUGGCAAGCAUCAAUUCGGACAAGGUGUCAUCACUUAUGCAAAUGAUCAGGUUGUGAACUGGUUCACUACCUUGGCGGAUAGUUUUCGAGUUGCAGACGACAUGGGAAAACUUCGGGCCCAAUUCAAAUUAUUCAAUAAGCCAUACUUCUCAUGGAAAGGGUCUUACGUUGUGACUCAGGCUGGCGCUGAGCGCAAAAUUGGUUUUGACAAUGGACCGGAUGGAUCGGUUGCCGAGGACUGUUUUUUUGGCAUGAAGGCAUAUUCAGAAGGGUAUACAUUCAAUUUUAUUGAGGGUGAGAUGUGGGAAAAAUCGCCGUUUACUAUGUGGGACUUUCUUCAGCAAAGAAAACGAUGGAUGCAGGGAAUCUACCUGGUUGUGCAUUCUGGAGCAAUUGAUUGGAAGAAAAAGAUAUUCCUAGCCAUUUCGCUCUACUCAUGGGUCACCCUCCCUCUGAGUACAUCCAACAUUAUUCUCGCCGUCAUGGCCCCCAUCCCUUGUCCUGCAAUCAUCAACUUUUUAUGUGCCUUCAUCGGCGCCAUGAACAUCUACAUGUACAUUUUCGGAGUGAUCAAGUCGUUUUCCCUCCAUCGAAUGGGUCUGGGUCGCUCACUCCUCGUUCUCAUCGGCGCUCUCUUAACAAUUCCAUUCAACAUCCUAGUAGAAAAUGUAGCAGUAAUAUGGGGUCUUUUUGGUAAUAAGUAUCACUUUUACGUAGUCAAGAAAGAGAUUAAGACAUCUACCACAGUGUAAUAAUACAUUCGCUGUCCUAGUUUAUAAAUUCACAUAACACGUCAAAUUGUCUGCGCCAUAUGCACGAAAGCAACAAUGUAAUCAACAAGCCGUUACUUAAUUUAGACACACAUUAUGUGUAAGUUAUUUGUGGCACAGUACGAGACUUACGACCGCUUGGUCACUUAUGCCACUAGUUACUUGCAACUACCACCUCGAUAUUCAUGUACUCACUUAUUUACUCUCGCACGGUAUUAAUUUCACAGUCCGAAUAAACGUAACGUUUCAUAGAAGCAUAAACAGCAGUAGCAGCUUGGAACAAAAGAAGUCAGUCUACAAAAUUUUUAUCAAUUAUGACUAGACACACAACAAUAACUUGUAAAUGUCUGUAACAAUAAUCUGUCAGCGUCGUCUCUAUGUUUUGCCUUUGUGUCAAUGCGUACUGAACAUUGCGUUCAGCCAGCAAGCAACAUACAGCUACAAUAGCUCUCUUAACAAACGAAUAAAGUAUUCAAAGUCAAACAUUA